CUCAAAAUUGGAAACAGUUGCCAAAUCGCUGUUUUUCCGUAAGAAAAGAAAAAAGACUGUAGAUAUUACAAAGAAAUGAUUGCCAUUUCAACGGUAAAUGUCCGUUUCGUCGUUCUGUUGCUUUUGAGUUGGUCAUCAAUCAGUUCGGCCGAUGCCACCCUGAAUUUGGAGGACCAAUUGCGAACGUUGACUCAAAACUACAUGCAAUUUAAAGAAUCAGUUGAAACAAAUUUCGAAGCGAAAUUCCAUCAAGUCGAAGAUAAAAAUCGGCAAUUGGAAGAGAAAGUCAUCCGGCUAGAGUCCAAAGUACAACGACUAGAAUUGGUGAUUGCUCUACGAGAAAACACAGUCGCGUCGAAAAGAGUCGAUCCACUAACUGGAAGAAGCUCCAUCCCGAGGACGUGCAGAGAAGCCCGUCUGGCGGACCCAUCCCUCAAUUCCGGCAUGCACUGGAUCGAUCCGGACGGACAAGGCGUCGGAGAUGACCCCAUUUACGUCCAUUGCGACAUGACUACAGAUACGACAUCCGUUCCACACGACAGCGAAGGACCGAUGGACGUGGGCCACUGCGCUGAUCCGGGAUGUUACUCAAAGGCCGUGACGUACAACGCAAGUCUCAGACAGAUGGCAGCGUUGGCGGAUUUGUCUGGCGAGUGCCACCAAUCGAUUAAGUACGAUUGCUUCUUCGCCCCUUUCGAGUUGGACGGCAUCGCAUUUUCUUGGUGGAACGACAAAGACGGAAGCGCCAAAUUCUUCUGGGCCGGCGCCAACACGGACGUCCACACCUGCCAGUGCGGCAUCGAUGGAAAUUGCGUCGAAUCUUUUAUGAAAUGCAACUGCGACUCUGCUGCUCCGGAGCAAUUAGUCGAUAGCGGAGUCAUUAAUGAUAAGGAGAUCCUGCCCAUCACCCGGUUGAAUUUCGGCCGAACUGGGCAAGAAUAUUCUUCCGGCGUUCACACACUGGGCCGAUUCGAAUGCACAGGACAAGUGGCCGUCACUGGAAUGCCGACGUCGUGCGAAGAUCUUUGGAGGAUCGGCCACACCCUGAGCGGAUUCUAUUCCGUCAAAGGACUCAAAAUGGUCGAAAGUGUUUACUGCGAUUUUUCAAAACUACCGAACGAAGCAGGUUUCCAGAAAUGGAUCGGAUACGAUGACGUCAAGUCGGCGCCGGUCUACUUCUACGUCCAGCGGAAUUCUGCCUUCAACACGACAAAUGUCCCGAUCCCUUUCCAGAUUUCCCGACUCAACAUCGGCAACGCCAUGAAUUUGUCGACAGGGAAAUUCACGGCACCCGUACAGGGAACGUAUUUUUUCUCUUUUACUGGACACGCCCAAUUUCCCACGUCGUCAUCUAUACUUACUUUAGGAGUAGGUCUCUAUCUGAAUGGGAAUUUCAUCGGGUGGGGUGUUGUGGAAGAGUACAACACUGUAAAUUUGCAAGAAACCCCUUUGACUCUGCAAUCGACGCUCAAUUUACAAAAAGGAGAUGAAAUUUGGUUGCAGAUCACAUUAAUUUCGGAUGGCGUGAUUCUCUUCGAUAAUAAUGACAAUUGGACCCAUUUUACGGGAUACAUUUUGGAAGAAGAACUUAUUUUUUAAACAUGUUGUGAGAUGGGAAAUCAAUUGAUUUUUAUUAUCUGGAAAAUAAAAAUAAAAAAUUCGUAACUCGCAAAACUAA